UAAUCAUAAUACCCUACACUCAUGGACGUUGCUUCUUCGCCCACGAUUCGCCCUUCUCAUGGGGUCCAUCUCUCGGCGGAAGGUGAUGGGCAGCAGCCAGCCUUGGAGGUCUUAUAUAAUGCUUCCUUCGUUCCGUAUCUUUCAUCGUUCACUCGGUUAUCCUUGACCUCACCGCGCCGCUCGCAGUGAAGUCCGGGUUUGGGUGCUUCUUUACUUUUCUUCUCUUUUGGAGUUGGGAAGAUUUUUUUUUGCGGAGGAUGUUUUGGGAGGGUUGGGGUUGAAGUUGUCUUGGUGAUUGAGGCUGUGGCGGAGGAGUAUUGAUCGAAGUUUGGUGUUCAAGGAGGUGUUGCCUUUCAUGGUCAGAAACGAUCUUCGUCGCCGCUCUGCGUGCAGUCUUGCAGCAGUUGCUGGUUUUCACGAUCGGGAGGUUCGUGUGGAGCGCGGGGUGGACUUGCUGCUCGUUUCUGGUGUGCGUUUGCUGCACGACUGUUGUUCCCUUUCCUGGGAAUUCAACAUUGAUUGAUUGACGAGCGACUUCGCGAUCGGCAUUGGUAUUUGCCGCGUCGUGAGCUUUGCGACGUUUUCAGAUAUGGAGUGGAAGGGGUUUGCUGAGGGUGGUUUGGCGUCGAUGAUCGCCGGGUUCGCUACGCACCCUCUGGACCUUAUCAAGGUCCGCAUGCAGUUACAAGGGGAGGUUGCUACGUCGGGUUUCGCCCUCGCGCUCGAAGGUAGUCAUGUUGCUCCUGCUGUACUCGGUGUCCCGAAACCGGGUCCCUUGGGAGUCGGUUUGAAUGUGGCUCGUGCAGAAGGAGUGUAUGCCCUCUACUCCGGUGUCUCCGCCACUUUGUUAAGACAAGCCAUGUAUUCGUCUACACGGAUGGGUCUUUACGAGUUCUUGAAGCAUCAGUGGAGAGACGAGAAACAAGAAGGCUCUGGGCUUCCUCUGUACAAAAAAGUGACCGCUGCAUUGAUUGCCGGGGCUUCCGGCGCCGUUGUUGGAAACCCUGCAGACUUGGCCAUGGUCAGGAUGCAAGCCGACGGUAGGCUGCCUAUGCAUGAGAGGAGGAACUACACCGGGGUCGGCAAUGCUCUGUUACGGAUGGUGAAACAAGACGGCGUGAUGUCAUUGUGGACGGGAUCGGCUCCGACUGUGACUCGAGCCAUGCUGGUGACCGCCGCUCAGUUGGCCACCUACGACCAGAUCAAGGACUCCAUUGCUGAGACCCACAUGGUGCCGGAAGGGCUGGCCACGCAGGUGGUGGCAAGCUGCGGAGCGGGGGUGCUGGCAUCCGUCGCUUCAAACCCCAUCGACGUCGUGAAGACGAGAGUGAUGAACAUGAAAGUGACGCCUGGAGAAGGAGCUCCUUAUCGAGGUGCUUUGGAUUGUGCUGUGAAGACGGUGCGAGCGGAAGGUCCCAUGGCUCUGUACAAGGGAUUUGUCCCGACGGUGACUCGUCAAGGCCCCUUCGCCAUAGUUCUGUUCCUGUCAUUGGAGCAGAUCAAGAAGCUGAUCGAGGGCUGAAUCAGAUAAUGACGAAAGAUGUGUAGUUAAGCAAUAGUUGAAGUGGAUAUAAUAAGGUCCAUAUCUGAAGAGGUUGUCUCGGAGAAUUGGGCUAUGAGUCUCGGAACUAAAUAUACAUAAGGGUUUGUAUUCGUCUAAGCUUACGAUGUGAAAAAUGUUCAAGAACGUAUUCCUUUCGGCACAGUAGCAUAUCGGUUUUUUACUGCC